GCGGGGAGGAGGGUUUGAGGGGCGGGGAGGAGGGUUUGAGGGGCGGACGUUGUUUCCUUUGAAAGUGUUGAAGAGGGGCUGACGCCUGGGAUGUUUGUGGAUUGUGUGUGCGCACGUGAAGUUGUCGAUGGUGCUGACGAAGCAGAUCUUGCAGUUGCUUGCGAGGCACUUCACUGAUGAAGGUCCUCACGGCAAGAACCCCGACAAGGGGUCGAGGCACUGGCUGUGCAACUAUUGCGAGACUCGGUUUGUCAGCAUGAAGUCAGUCCUCAAGAAGCACUUCAUGACGAAGUGCAGUAUUGAGCUUGUCACUUGGGCAUUAACAGCGGAGGAGAGGGUGAUGAGAAUCGAGGGCAUCCGACUGCGGAAGCACCAGGAGAUCAGUGCGGGGUUCAUUGUCGGUGUUGUGAUGGACAAUGCGAGGGUUUGCGCUAAAGCGGGGAAGAUGGUGGAGGCCAAGUACCCUGGUAUUUUUAGUGUGGGCUGCACAACCCAUGCCUUGGAUCUGACCCUAGAGGACACGUACAAGUGCAUGGACUGGCUGAAAGUGGUCGUCGACAAGGGCAAUCAAGUUGGCAAGUUUUUCACCAACGUCGACAAGGUCCGCACAAUGUACAAUAGGAUUGCGAAUGCGCAAUUCAAACAUCCAGUGGUCACAAGAUCCGCGACGAACUUUGAGAUGCUUCAGUCGCUGAAGACGGGGAGGAAUCCAUUGGAGCUCUGUGUCUGCAAUACGACAUGGGUGGAGAAGGUGGUGAGGGGGGGGGAGGUGGCGACAUUCAACGCCAUCACCCACAUCAUCAUGGACACAAAUGGAUUAUGGAAGGAUGUGGAUAAGGCCAUGGCGGUGAUGGAGCUAGUUUGGGCCUUCAUGACAUCAGAGCUGCAUUGCGCAGCCGCCUUCCUCGAUCCCGAGUACAGAACACACACCGUUCAAGACACGGAGAUUCGCGAGGGGUUCAACAUCUGGCUUUACUCUUGGGCGCCGCCGGAGUUGCUGCAGCGAGAAAUCAGUAGACAGGUGGACAUGUGGGUGCAGGGUUUGGGCACUUUGGGGACACAGAACGCAAGGGAUCAGGUUAGGAAAGGGACAGUCGGCGAUGCUGCUGCUGCGGAGGUCCGCGUAGACGAAUUCGACGACGUCCUGCUAGAGCGCACAUGGCUGCAGAACAACAAGGAGGAGAACUUUGUGGAUGGUGAGGAUGAUAUCGCCGCACUCGGUGCGCUGGAGAGAACAUGGCACGCAAACGCGAAGCCCGGGAAGCACCGAGUGCGAGAGUUACGCAGUAAGUCGGGUGCUGAAGAGCCCGAUCCCGAGCUCGUGUAUACCUUGGAGGGCCGUGAUCGUGCCUUGAAGGCGCGUCAAACCGACGAUUGGGUGCAGGUGAGGGAGGCGGUAUCGGGUCGCGGGCGACGCAAGAAGAAGGCAACGGCACCAGACGUUGCCGAAGAACAACCGGUUCAUAAACGAAAGAGGAAGGUUGGGGAGAGGGAUGUACCACCCAAAAAGAAGAGACGAUGGCCUCCACUUUCGCCCGAGAAGAAGGUUGCAAAAGCAGUAGCAUGUGUAGAGGCCGCAAAGGAUUCAACAGUUGAGGCAGCAAGGCCUGCGAAGAGGAGAACAACUGAGGUGAUUGAAAAUGACGAAGAAAAUUUGUGUCAUAACUGGAAAAAGCGGUUUUCUUUAACCUCAUCAUCAUCGUCUGAAGACAGUGCGCCGCAGAACAUUGAGGAGGAGGAGGAAAUGUCCCAGCAAUCGGACGAUAGUGGAGAGCCGGACGGGGAUGAGUCGGAGGAGGACCCGUCGUAGGCGGAGUCACACGGGGAGGAACAGUCCAGGGAGGAGGACGAGUAGCCCUUAGUGAAUCAGUAUAUUGAGGGUAGUGUGUCCUUGCUUGCUUUUGUGCUCCUAAAACUACAAACGU